AUGCCGGAGUCUAACCGCAGCUCUCCUCUCAUUCAUGCUGAGCGCUGUUCUCCUGUGCGCACGGAACUGCAAAGCUGAGCUUCGGAACCGGUGCUGCUGCUGCUGUCGGACAACCCCGCCGGGAUUGGAAAUGUCUUCCUCUGCAACUCCGACAUCCUAAAAAAAAUGCCAAGCAGGACGAACGCAAACGGCGGUUUGAUCAGGCUGGUGGCGGAUGAGGCUAAGGAUCAGGCGAGGAGGUCAUAAAAACAACAACGGAGAAAGGAGGAAAAAGAGAACGAGGAAGUCGAUUGCUUGGAAACUCAUCCUUUAUACCCCGCAGUCCUAAAAGGCACUGACUGAACCUGUAGAGGAUUACACACUCCAAGAUACACACCAACACCCACUCGCUCUCACCUUCCCCUCUCCUUACCGCCAUGUCCUCCCACCUCAACCAACCUCUUCUCAUCCUUCCCGUCCUCUUCCUUCUCCUCUCCCUGUCCACGAGCUCCACAUCCUCUCCUUUCUCCUCGUCCUCCACCUCCUCCCUCCUCUCCUUCUUCCCACCGGAAGGAGGCCUCACACAUCUGGUGGUUCACAACAAAACGGGCGAGGUCUACCUGGGUGCUGUCAACUGGAUCUACAAGCUGUCCAGCAACCUGACCAAGCUUCGAAGCCAUGUUACUGGCCCAGUCACAGACAACCCUCGCUGUUACCCUCCACCCGGUGUCCAGUCCUGCCCCCACGAGCUGGUGCAGACCUCUAACGUAAAUAAACUCCUGCUACUUGAUGCUGCCCACAACCGCUUAAUUGCCUGUGGGAGUACUUCCCAGGGAAUAUGCCAGUUCCUUCGUCUGGAUGAUUUGUUCAAGCUCGGUGAGCCCCACCACCGCAAAGAGCAUUAUCUAUCCAGUGUUGCUGAGGCAGCAACCAUGUCAGGUGUCGUGAUCUCCCCGGAUCUUUUCGGCGGAGGUGGGAAACUCUUUGUCGGCACUCCCAUUGAUGGGAAAUCUGAGUACUUCCCGACGCUGUCGAGCCGCAAGUUGAUGUCCAACGAGGAGAACGCUGACAUGUUCAGCUUCGUCUACCAGGAUGAGUUUGUCUCCUCGCAGCUGAAGAUUCCCUCAGACACGCUCUCCAAGUUCCCGGCGUUUGACAUCUACUACAUCUACGGCUUCAACAGUGAGCAGUUUGUGUAUUAUCUGACCUUACAGCUCGACACCCAGCUCACGUCGCCAGAUGCUAGCAGCGAACAGUUCUUCACCUCUAAAAUCGUCCGCCUGUGCGUUGACGAUCCAAAGUUCUACUCCUAUGUUGAAUUCCCCAUCGGCUGCACCAAGGACGGAGUGGAGUACCGCUUGGUUCAGGAUGCUUACUUGGCCCGGCCAGGAACCCGUUUGGCACGUUCGCUUGGUAUUUCAGAGCAUGAGGAGGUUCUGUUUACUGUAUUCGCCCAGGGUCAGAAGAAUAGAGCCAAGCCGCCCAAGGAGUCGGCUUUGUGUCUGUUCACAAUGAGACGGAUAAAGGAGAAGAUUAAAGAGAGGAUUCAGUCGUGCUACAGAGGAGAGGGGAAACUCUCCCUGCCCUGGCUGCUCAACAAGGAGCUGGCCUGCAUCAACUCGCCGCUGCAGAUUGAUGAUAACUUCUGCGGCCAGGACUUCAACCAGCCUCUAGGGGGCACCACCGCCAUCGAAGGCAUCCCGCUUUACGUGGACAAAGACGACGGCAUGACCUCGGUGGCGGCCUAUGACUACCGCGGACACACUGUGGCGUUCACCGGCACCCGCAGCGGACGCAUGAAGAAGAUUCUGGUGAACUCCAUCACUCAGCCUGCCUUACUGUAUGAGAAUGUGGUCGUGAGUGACGGGAGCCCCAUCCUGAGAGAUCUGCUCUUCAGCCCAGAUCAUCAGUACUUAUACGCCCUCACCGAUAAACAGGUCACCCGUGUACCAGUGGAGAGCUGUGAGCAGUACAGCUCCUGUGGAGCCUGCCUGGGAUCAGCUGACCCUCACUGUGGUUGGUGUGUGCUACAUAAUGUAUGUUCGAGGAAGGAUCACUGUGAGCGAGCCGAGGAGCCUCAGCGUUUCACCACCAGAGUGGAGCAGUGUGUCCGACUCUCCGUCCAACCCGACACUGUCUCUGUCACUAUGUCAGAAGUGCAGUUGUCUCUUCAGACGCAGAAUGUGCCCAGUCUGUCUGCUGGAGUGAACUGCUCCUUCGAGGACUAUGUAGAGACAGAAGGACGCAUCUAUGGUGGACGGAUCUUCUGCCUGUCCCCCUCUACAAAAGAGGUGUCCCCCAUCACACGAGACCAAGGUGAUCGACGUGUUAUAAAGUUGUAUCUGAAAUCAAAGGAGACAGGGAAGAAGUUUGCCAGCGUGGACUUUGUCUUCUACAACUGCAGCGUCCACCAAUCGUGCCUCUCCUGUGUCAAUGGAAACUUCCCCUGUCACUGGUGCAAAUAUCGCCACAUGUGCACGCAGGAUGCCAGCGACUGCUCCUUCCAGGAAGGACGAGUCAACACCUCGGAGGAGUGCCCUCAGAUCCUGCCCUCCACCCAGAUCUAUAUACCUGCUGGAGUUAUGAGACCCAUCACACUGCUGGCCCAGAACCUUCCCCAGCCCCAAUCCGGACAGAGGAACUACGAGUGUAUCUUCCACAUCCAGGGCAGCACGCACAGCGUCCCGGCUCUGAGGUUCAACAGCACCAGCAUACAGUGUCAGAAGACCACGUACGACUACGAGGGAAGUGACAUCAGUGACCUACCAGUCGACCUGUCCGUUGUGUGGAAUGGAAACUUUGUCAUUGACAACCCGUCCAACAUUCAAGCCCACCUGUACAAGUGCAGAGCGCUGCGAGACAGCUGCGGCAUGUGUCUGAAGGCCGACCCCAGGUUUGAAUGUGGUUGGUGCGUCCAGGACAGGAAGUGUGCCCUCAGACAGGAGUGUACCGUUGGAGGAAAUUCCCACCUUCCUCUGCAGCUGGCUGAAGGCGGAGGAUGGAUGCACGCUACCUCUGGAAACAGCCGCUGCACCCACCCCAAGAUCACUAAGUUGUUCCCUGAGACGGGGCCUCGCCAAGGUGGAACUAGGGUGACCAUCCUGGGGGAGAACCUGGGUCUGCACUUCAGAGACAUCCAGAUGGGUGUCAGGCUGGGCAAGGUACCCUGUGUACCUAUUGAGGAGGAGUAUGUUAGCGCAGAGAGAAUAGUGUGUCUGCUGAACGAUGCUACCGGCUACAGGGUCCAAGAAGCUCAGGUUGAGGUGUGCGUGAGAGACUGCGUCAACGACUACAGAGCCCUGUCGCCCAGGCCAUUCACCUUUGUGACUCCAUACUUUACACGUAUCCAGCCAUCUCAGGGCCCUAUUUCUGGGGGCACCCGAGUCACCAUUGAAGGAAGCUACCUCAACGCAGGCAGCUACGUCUCUGUCAGCAUAGGACCACAGCCCUGCUACUUCAAAAAGAGGAAUGCCCAUGAGAUAGUGUGCGUCACACCAGCUGGACUAGCAGCGGGCAGUGCAUCAGUCUUGGUGGACAUCGAUGACGCUGAGCUACGAAACCCUGAGGUCAAGUUUAACUACACUGAAGACCCUACUGUCCUGAGGAUUGAACCUGACUGGAGCAUUGCAAGUGGCGGGACUCUGCUUACAGUGAGUGGGACCAACCUUGCAACCAUCCGAGAACCAAAGAUCAGGGCCAAGUAUGGGCAGGCGGAGUCCUUUCAUAACUGUACGGUGUAUAAUAACUCAGUCAUGGUGUGCCUUGCUCCAUCGGUGGCGGAUUCAGAGCUGGGAUUUUCUGAGACCGGGACAGGCCCGGAUGAGAUCGGGUUCUACAUGGACAACGUGAAUGCUCUGGUGGUGGUCAACGAGACGUUCAGCUACUACCCCGACCCUGUGUUUGAACCGUUGAGUCCAUCUGGGAUACUGGAGCUCAAGCCCACGUCGCCACUCAUUCUCAAGGGUCGCAACCUGAUCCCCGCUGCUCCGGGUAACAGUCGCCUCAACUACACGGUGCUGAUCGGAGAGACUCCCUGCGUCCUCACCCUGUCUGAGAGCCAGCUGCUGUGUGAAUGGCCCAACCUCACCGGACAACACAAAGUCACGAUCCGUGCUGGCGGGUUCGAGUACUCCCCCGGGACUCUUCACAUCUACUCCGACAGCCUGCUGACGCUUCCUGCCAUCAUAGGCAUCGGAGGGGGUGGCGGCCUGCUUCUUUUGGUCAUCAUUGCGGUGCUGAUUGCCUAUAAGAGGAAGUCGAGGGACGCUGACCGCACCUUGAAACGUCUGCAGCUCCAGAUGGACAACCUGGAGUCCAGAGUGGCCCUGGAGUGUAAAGAAGCUUUUGCCGAGCUUCAGACAGACAUCCACGAGCUGACCCAGGAGCUGGACGGAGCUGGGAUUCCCUUCCUGGACUAUCGGAUUUAUGCAAUGAGGGUCCUCUUCCCAGGCAUUGAGGACCACCCUGUGCUCAAGGAGAUGGAGGUACGGGUCCAGGCAAAUGUUGAGAAGGCACUGACGCUGUUUGGCCAGCUGCUGACGAAGAAGCACUUCCUGCUGACUUUUAUCCGAACCCUGGAAGCACAGAGGUCAUUUUCAAUGCGGGACCGAGGCAAUGUGGCAUCACUGAUCAUGACGGCGCUACAGGGGGAGAUGGAGUACGCCACCGGAGUGCUGAAACAGCUGCUGUCCGACCUGAUAGACAGAAACCUGGAGAGCAAAAAUCAUCCCAAGCUGCUGUUAAGGAGAACGGAGUCUGUCGCUGAGAAGAUGCUGACCAACUGGUUUACAUUCCUCUUGUAUAAGUUCCUUAAGGAGUGUGCCGGGGAGCCUCUGUUCAUGCUUUACUGUGCCAUCAAGCAGCAGAUGGAGAAGGGACCCAUAGACGCCAUCACAGGAGAGGCCCGCUACUCCCUCAGUGAGGAUAAACUCAUCAGGCAACAGAUUGACUACAAAACACUGACAUUGCACUGUGUAAACCCAGAGAAUGAGAACGCCCAAGAGGUGACGGUCAAGUGUCUGAACUGUGACACUAUUACUCAGGUCAAAGAGAAGCUGCUUGAUGCAGUGUACAAGGGCAGCCCCUAUUCACAAAGGCCCAAGGCUUCUGAUAUGGACCUGGAAUGGCGUCAAGGCCGUAUGGCCAGAAUCAUUCUGCAGGAUGAAGACGUUACAACUAAGAUCGACAAUGACUGGAAACGCCUCAACACACUGGCUCACUAUCAAGUAACAGAUGGCUCGGUGAUCGCCCUGGUGCCAAAGCAGAACUCUGCCUAUAACAUCUCCAACUCCUCCACCUUCACCAAGAGCCUCAGCAGAUACGAGAGUAUGCUGAGGACAGCCAGUAGUCCAGAUAGUCUACGAUCCCGAACACCCAUGAUCACCCCUGACCUGGAGAGCGGAACCAAAUUGUGGCAUCUGGUGAAGAACCACGACCACUCGGACCAAAGGGAGGGCGACCGAGGCAGCAAGAUGGUCUCUGAGAUCUACCUGACCAGACUGCUAGCUACAAAAGGUACACUACAGAAAUUUGUGGAUGACUUGUUUGAGACUAUCUUCAGCACGGCCCACAGAGGCAGCGCGCUGCCGCUGGCCAUCAAGUACAUGUUCGACUUCCUGGACGAGCAGGCUGACAAACACUCCAUCACAGACUACGACGUACGACAUACCUGGAAGAGCAACUGUCUUCCUCUGCGGUUCUGGGUGAACGUCAUCAAGAACCCCCAGUUUGUAUUUGACAUCCAUAAGAACAGUAUCACGGACGCGUGUCUGUCUGUGGUGGCCCAGACCUUCAUGGACUCCUGUUCAACGUCAGAGCACAAACUAGGAAAAGACUCACCUUCAAAUAAGCUGCUCUAUGCUAAAGACAUACCCAACUACAAGAACUGGGUAGAAAGGUAUUACUCCGAUAUCUCCCGUAUGCCAGCCAUCAGUGAUCAGGACAUGAGUGCGUACCUGGCAGAGCAGUCCCGCCUACACCUCAGCCAGUUCAACAGUAUGUCUGCACUGCACGAGAUCUACUCCUACAUCAUCAAAUACAAAGACGAGAUCCUGUCGGCGUUACAGAAGGACGAGCAGUCGCGCAGACAGCGGCUACGCGGCAAGCUGGAGCAGGUCAUCGACACCAUGGCGCUGGCUAGCUGAGGACCGGCUAAUCGAACGCCUCGGCUAGGGGGAGAACUGGCCAAUCAACACGCCUUCCCUGACAACCUUUGUCGCCCGUGAAAUUUUGACCCUGGACGUUUGAAGUCCGUCAUUAUCACCCUCACAAACAACAACAAACAGCAGCGGAAAAAAA